GUUCAUUCAUAGCGGAGCUGUCAGCGGUCGUUGGAUGUUACUAUUAGCUCAUUUAGGGAAAAGUUGGUGUUUUUCAGGCUUUCUGCAUUAGAGAUUAAACCUCUAUAUAUUGCACAGCAUCUAGGAGCCAAAUCGGAUAAGCGAGAUGUCGGAGGAAGCUGCCUCUGGGGAUGGGAAUGGCAAAGCUGUUCGAGUAAUUCGGAUAGGAACUCGCAAAAGCCAGUUGGCUUGUAUUCAGACUGACAGUGUGGCAGAGAAGUUGAAAGAACUGUAUCCUGACAUCGAACUGGAAAUAAUUGGCAUGACAACUACAGGAGACAGAAUUUUGGACACAGCUUUGUCAAAGAUCGGAGAAAAGAGCCUGUUCACCAAAGAACUGGAGAACGCCCUGGAGAGAAACGAAGUGGAUCUAGUGGUGCACUCGCUGAAAGACCUCCCCACCACUCUGCCUCCUGGUUUCACUAUUGGAGCUGUGCUCAAGAGAGAAAGUCCUGUUGAUGCUGUUGUGCUACACCCAAAACACGCAAAUAAGACACUUGACAUGUUACCAGAAAACAGUGUUAUUGGCACUAGUUCAUUGCGGCGUGCUGCUCAACUGAAGAGAAGAUUCAACAAUCUGGUGUUCAAAGACAUUCGUGGAAACUUGAACACUCGGCUGAAGAAGUUGGAUGAGAAAGAUGAUUAUGCUGCUAUCAUUUUGGCUGCAGCUGGUUUGAAGAGGAUGGGCUGGGAGAACAGAAUUGGACAACGUCUUACUCCAGAAGACUGCAUGUAUGCUGUUGGACAGGGGGCUUUGGCCGUGGAGGUCCGAGCUCGGGACACAGACAUUUUAGAGAUGGUCUCCGUCCUUCAUGAUCCAGACACAGUUUUGAGGUGUAUCGCUGAAAGGGCUUUCCUCAAACAAUUGGAAGGAGGAUGCAGUGUCCCUGUAGCAGUACACACUGAAAUAAGAGAUUCACAGCUCUACAUGACGGGGGCAGUGUUUAGCCUUGAUGGCUCUGACAGUCUGAAGGACACCAUGCAGACUAGUGUUGCGAAUUCAGAGGAGGACCAGGAGCAAGUGGACGACCUUGUACCAAGAGUGGGAAUCACCGCAACCAAAAUCUCUGGUUCAGCCCAAAAAGGAGCAGAGCAGCUGGGGGUGGACCUGGCCAACCUGCUGCUGAGUAAAGGAGCCAAAGAGAUCUUAACAGUGGCCAGGCAACUCAACGAUGCCAGAUAACCCCAUAGCACAUAAUGUUAAAACCACUUAAAACACUGACAAUACACAGUAGCAAAAUCAAAUAGAGACAAUCCUAACUGGAUAUGAGCUGCUGAAAAGAGAAAGGUUAGAUGUGUUGCAUUCAGAUAAUACCUCAUGUAUUUAAUUUCCUGAGCCUCAAACAUACCUGUAUAAUGUACACAAAGAAAAAAAUGAGUAUAUAGUACCCAGUAUAAAACAGUACUUGUUAUAGAAAAAUGCCAAAGAAUAUAUUUGAGCAAAACAACUUACAGUGUGCUUUAAACAAAAUGUAAACCUGUUUUUAAUGAAAAGACCUGGAGAAAUAUUUUACAUGUAAAGCCUUUUUGUUGUCUAUAGCCCAUCUAUUUUGCUGAAAAAGCUUUUGAAAUUUCUUCUUCCAAUUUUGGAAAAAUUUAAAAAAUGGUGCCUUCAUAGGUUCAUAGUGUCAUGCCUCUUAGUCAUUGUUAAAUGUCCAUACUCUUGGUACUAUGUACUAAGAUUUUAAAACCGAUAUUAAUGUAAGUAUUGAUGGUGUUAUGUUGUCCUGAAAAAUCUCCACUUUAGUCUAAUCCAUUGAUAUUUUCUCAUUUGUAAGCAGGUGCCAAGUGUCAAACCUGUUUUGAGUGUUUACAUGUUCUGUGCACUGUACAAUUGUUGAGACACUUAUUGUUUUUGUUUGUUUGUAGUACUUUUUUAUUAUCCCCCUAGGGAGUUAUCCUCUGCAUUUGACCCAUCCUUUCAGAAGCAGUGGGGCACCUGGGGGAUCUUGUUUUGCCACACAAAAAGGCCCAGGCAACCCAGAGAUCACCACCGUGCCACCAUUGUUUUUGUUUCAUUGUACAGUAUGUUUGUAGUAUAUUACUGACUCAAAACACCACAAAAGCCGGUCAUGUCACAGUUUUUCUUGUUUAAUGUAAUUAUUCAUGUGUAAGUAGUUUUUAAGGUUGCUUUUUUGACAAAUGAACAACAUGCACAAACAAAAGAGUUUUCAAUUAUUUCAGUUAUUAUUUAGGGUUUUUUUUUUCAACACUGUAGAAGUAGCAGCAGUAGCAUGACUUUUUUUUUUAUUAUUAUGCAUCAUUUUAUACAUUGACAGAAGCACUGACCACUGUCAUCUUCUCGUCUUCCUCGUACCCUCUCUCCUAUUCAAAAAGCAGCUUGCCGAAUCCCAUCUCCCCAUUUUUUUCCAAUGUCAUGAAACUAUUUAUUGAAGGCAGUGGAAUUAUACAGUGGAAAUCAGAAGUUGCUUGAUCCAAAAUGUCUUGAAACUGGACUCUUUGAAUCACCCUCUCAUGGUGCACUCUGGUGGUAAUUGAGUCCAAAAACUGGUAGAGUUCAGCAUUAUCUCUCUGUUGUUUUGUACUUUGGAACUGUGCCUGUUUGCUCAGUUCUCUUGUCAACAGUUUAGCAGUUUGAGGGGAGCAGAAACUGUAUGGAAAAAUUAGCUGAUAAAGUGCCUGCCUCCAUUUUGACAUUGGGUUUGUUUUGUCUCUAUGACUUUUGGAAAGGGUUUUGAGAAACUUCUCUGGUUCUGUAGAUGUUCGGAACCCAUAUGUGUGAACCAUGGACUGCACUGUUUGAAAACUUAAUAAGUCCUUGGUUCUGUCUUCAGGUAUCGUCUCAUCUGUAGACUGUGCAUUCUUUUGUGUACUCUGCCUUGAACUUUUCACUUCUGUCACUCUUCCUCCAAACCAGUAACCAGUCCUUCUGAACCAGCCUUGGCUACAGAAUGAAACCAUGUGAUUCAUUGAGCCUUGAUGUUAAGUCCUUCAUAGCAACAUCACCCUUUCUUGAGCCUGAGUGUUUCCACCCAGCUCUGUAGUAAACCAUGGGGUGAUCUAAGCCAACUAAAGUGCUCUGAGAAUGUCCAUAUAUAUAUAUAAGUACUUGGCUCCUGAAAUGCAGUCUGUCUUACACUUGUUGUACCAAGACUAGUUGGAGAUUCACUGAACCUCGUUCCACUUCUUUCUAAAUCUGGAUACGUCAACUCUGUACCUCUUACGUAACCAGGUUGGCCCACAGACUGCAUAGACCAUUAUAAUAAAGCAGAGCCCUGUAAUCUUGACUAGUCUGCUCUAGAUGUUGAAUUAACUUGGAACUGUGGAUCUAUAGGUUCAUGUCCUAAAGUUUGUGAUCUAGAGCAGCUAGUUCCUCCCAUACUUUGUUUUCUGUGAUCAUAAUUGAAAUUUGUAAACUCAUCAAAUUCUUGUGUACCUUUAGCACUAGGCUGGUCCAUUUGUUUUAACUGGGAAUCGUGUUUUAGACUGGUUCGACUGUCAGUUAUCAACCCCAUGGUUUCAGGUGUAGUUUCUCUAUGGCUAAUAUUAGAAGAACUAUCUAACCUUGAUUGUCCUGGAUCAAGCCUCUUUGCAAUAUACCCAUGUGAUUCAUCAGCAUAGUCUCUGCCACUAAGUCCUGUUUGAAUAGUUGACUGUGGACUCGAUUCCCUGUUUACUACCCCAAAAUCAAGUCUUCAUGACUUCUUCUUCCAGUAGAUCUGUCCUCAGUUAACCAUCUCAGAGAGGUUUGGUCUAAAGACUGUGAUGCAGAAUCUCGCUGGCUACAUGGACCCUCCAAAUGCAGUGUACUUAAGUUAUUUUGAUUCAUUGACAUGCCUGGUCUUGCAUUUCUAGCUUGAAUAAUGUCACUGUUAGGCCUUCUAUGUCCUCCCAUGUGAUUGCUCUUGGUCUUGAAGUCUGAAGGCCUAUCCCUAAUGAAACCUUCCAUAUCUGAGCUGGUGUGGUGAUCUCUUAGGUCUUUCUUGUAGAAGUUUCUGCAAUUUGUCCUGGUCUAUCGAUUCUAUUACCCCAUUAAUGAUGAGUUGCCAGAGACCAGUUUGUUCAAGGACUCUUGUGGGUACCCCUUCAGCCUCCUCUCCAGACCCUCGCAUAUACAAAUCGUCUGCUUCUUCAAGACCCUCAAUUUCAGUCUUGGAGAAGGACCAUCUGGACUUAGAGUGAUAAAGGUCAGCUGAGGAUCCCUUUCCAUGAGAGUUGGAUGAUAUCCAUUUUCCAGUUUUGAAUUGUUUGUAAAGUGCCAGGACCUUAUGAUCUACAUGGGCUUGAAUGGGGUUUGUUGGGGGUAGAGACAUAGGUUUUGGGGGAAGGGGCGACUGGUUGGGUUUUUUGGUCAAGGUUUGGUGCUUUGGUUAGCUUACUAGGUAAAGGACUCCUGGAUUCCUGGAAAAUAGCAUUAGCCUUGAUUGGUUUCUCCUUUAUCUUUGCAACAUCUAUAAAGAAGAAAGACAGAAUAGGUGACAAUAAAUUCUGCAAUUGGGGAUUCUAAAAACAAAACAUUGAAUAUUUUAUGAUAAACUUAAGAUCAAAUGGAUUUUUUUUUUUUUUGCCAAACUGAAUAAAAGUUUGCCCAGCAAUAUUGAAGGAUGGGUCAAAUGUAGGGGACACAUUUUCCUAUACUGGGGACAAUAAAAUGUAUUUUAAAGGUGCACUAUAUAACUUGUCUGGGGAAGGGUCUGCCACGUGCUGGUCUCCAUGGAAGUUAUUGCUCUGCCUGUAAUGUUCCACAAUAUAGCAAUAAACUUAUUCAUUUCCAUGGAGACAAGUGGAUUACACCACCUGGCCAACAUACAGGUCAGAUCAGGGAGGAGGACAUCCCUCACAGCUGCAAAAAAGUAUAGUGUAUUUAUUUAAUAGGUGCAUAGAUCUUUUUAAAAAUGCAGUCAAUCCCGCAGAUGUUUGUACUACCAUGAAACAAGAUUAACUGCUUAAAAUAAUGUAAAGCCUUAGUCACGAUAACCCGCAAGGGCGAUUCACUCGUACGGGUGCUGACAUUUCUUGGCCUGUGGAGGCCCAUGAACUGCCCAUGGGGACCCGUGCAGAUUAUAGUGACUAAGGCCUAACAUGUCUGUGUUUGUGUAGUACUUGUUUUUCUGUAAUUGCUUGUUGUUUAUUGUUCUCAGAGAGUUUGAGAUGUGUCGAUUUAAGUUUGAGUUUAUCAUCAGUGUGGUCUGUGGCUUCUUUCAGCGCAGGUUGAGGAACUGCAGGCAAGACUUGUUUAGACCUAGAAGAAAUGAAUAGUUAAAAUUGAUAAUAGUGAUUUUGAUAUGUAAUUAAAUCAAUAUUGCAAUA